GAACCAGAAUAUGUUAUCCAAGUCGCCGCAGGGAUACAGAGGAAGACUGGUCCUACUACUAGCUUCCUCUCCAUCCCCGCCGCUAGACUGCCGAACACGUUUGUGGUGCCAAGCGGUGUCAUAGCUCUCCAGCACCCAUGAAGCUAAGCACGCAAGAGCCAGUCGGACAAGAACUAGCGCUCCGAAGAGCUUGAGCAUCCUGUAGUGACGAGAGAGCGGUGGGAAUCUACUGGACAGAAUACUGCCAGGACUGGAGAGGGCAACAUGAACACACAGUAGGCUAGCUACAUUAGCUACUAGCUGGCCAUUCAGACCGUUUGAUUUCCAUUGGCGAUCACAGCUAGAUCGAGGUUUCUACAGGGUGCUGAUGCCCAGCCCAAUCUAAUACGGCUGGUGGUAGGUAGCAGGAGUCGUAGUAGAGGAAGCACCACCGAGAGCAGCAGUCCACCACAGGCGGGAUGAGUGCUGCAGCAACGGAGCAAGCUGACAUCCUCACCGUGCUUGUCCUGGUCAAGGAACGAUGGAAAGUGGCAAAGAAGAUCGGCGGCGGUGGCUUCGGGGAGAUCUACGAGGCGUUGGACCUGCUGACCAGGGUCAGUGUUGCUCUGAAGGUGGAGUCAGCACAGCAGCCCAAACAGGUCCUCAAGAUGGAGGUGGCCGUCCUCAAGAAACUCCAGGGUAAAGACCACGUGUGUCGCUUUGUUGGAUGCGGCCGUAAUGACCGCUUCAACUAUGUGGUGAUGGAGCUUCAGGGGCGUAACCUGGCAGACCUGAGACGCAGUAUGACGCGGGGCACGUUUACAGUCAGCAGCACCCUGAGACUGGGACAACAGAUACUAGAAGCUAUAGAGAGCAUCCACUCUGUUGGCUUCCUGCACAGAGACAUCAAACCGUCCAACUUUGCCAUGGGCCGGUUCCCCAGUACCUGUAGGACCUGCUACAUGCUGGACUUUGGUCUGGCACGCCAGUUCACUAACUCCUGCCAAGAGGUCCGACCGCCUCGGCCAGUAGCAGGGUUCAGAGGCACAGUCCGCUACGCGUCCGUCAACGCACACAAGAACAAGGAGAUGGGUCGUCAUGACGACCUAUGGUCCCUCUUCUACAUGCUGGUGGAGUUCAUGGUUGGACAGUUGCCAUGGAGAAAGAUCAAAGACAAAGAGCAUGUAGGGAAGCUGAAGGACACCUAUGACCACAGGCUCAUGCUGAAACACCUACCUGCUGAGUUCACUGUCUUCCUGGAUCACAUCUCUAACCUGGACUACUUCACCAAACCAGACUAUCAGCUGCUGAUGUCAGUGUUUGACAACAGUAUGAAGACCUACAACGUGGUGGAGAAUGACCCGUAUGACUGGGAGAGGACUAGAUCUGAUGGUACUCUGACCAUCAACGCUACAGCCACCACACCACAGCACCACACACGCCUCACCCCUGCACACAUGGGCAUGGCCAAUGCAUCCCUGAUCCCUGGGGACCUGGCGAGGGAGAACACAGACAAUGUUCUGCAGGACGAGCAGCUCAGUGACAAUGGGGAGAACAAUCCUCCUCCAGACCGCCGCCCCGGAUCCCCCAGCAUGCCCCGGGCCAACCAGGAAGCUGACGUCUGGGAGGAGCUGGACCGCAACCGCAACCGCAUAUUGACCUCAGUCUGGAAGGCAGCAACAGAGGAGGAGAACAGCAACAACCAGGGGGGUCUCCAGAGCCCGUACGCCAACCCCAGCCUGGGCUCCCCUGUCCGGGUACACUCUGAGAUGGUGGGGGCCUCAGGGCAGGACGGUGGUGGUCCUCUCCUCAGGAAGCUCCGUAACAUCCACAGCUUUGAGCUGGACAGGAGGCUGACCCUGGAGGCCAAGCCCAGUCAUGAACGCUUCAUGGAGGCAUGCUCAGGGAAUCAGCAGGAGGGCUGUGGGCAGCAGCAGGAGAAGGGGUCUGAGGUAGGCCAGGACCAGGGUCUGGCUGUACCCACUGGAGGUGCCACAGGACCAGGGCGUGGUGGCACUGACCGAGUCUGGCACUACGAUGAGGAGUUCCUAUCCGGUGGGGGCGCCAGCGGCUCACCCAAACCCAUCUCCCCUCACUCCCACGGGUCUCUGGAGCAGGGUGAGGGGGCCCCCAGCAGCGGAGGCUUCGUGGCCCUCAACCUGAGCUCCGGCCGGGGGGAGGUGGACUCCAGGGAGUGGGUGAUGAUGGAGAGGCCCAGUGGGUCCCCAGGAACAGGGACCGGAAUGGGGGAUAAGGCUACGACCAGUCCCUCCGAGGAGGAAGAAGAGGAGCUGGAGGUGCUGGAGGUACCCCUUGGGGCAGGAGAAGGGUCCACGGGGAACCCCAGUCCUGGUCAGGUCCAUGGGGACAGGGAUGGGGACCUCCAGGGGCUACCAGGGGCCAGCGGAGGAUCCCCCGUAGUGGACAGGCUGGAGCUGAGUGUGGGACCCCUGGGAAGCCUGCCCCCCGUCAACCCCACUAGCCCUGCUGAGGGCCUGGCUGAGGGAGCACUCACACAGCUCCCUACCUCUCCUCCGUCUCUGCCUGAGGAGAUGUUGGCCAGGACGUCUAGUCCCCUGCUCCUGCGUUCCCCCAGCCCGCACACCCAGACCCUCCUCACCACCCUGUCGGACCCCCUGCACCAGAGGGACCCCCCUGGGAUGAGGCGCAGCUACUCAGCCGAUCACCACCACCAGUACCUCCUCCGUCCCACCUCCUCUUCCUCCUACCACACCUCUCUACUGCCACCUCCUCACCCUGGCCUCGGUUCCGCCCGUAACCAAUCGUCCGCCGGGCGCAGGAAACUGCCAGCUAUCCCGGCGGGCGCCGCCAACAGCAAGUUCCCUUCCGUUAUACGCAUCACACGCGCCCAACUCCAGCAGUUGACAGCUCAGCAGUCCCAGUCUGCCUCAGACAGUGCUCCACAGUGCCUCCAGCUGGAGAGACGAGGUGAUGCAGCAGCUGAGGCCCAGCAGGCCCAGGAUAAUACUGAUACCGCUGACAUCCACGUCCUGCCCACCCCUACCCACACCCCUAGCCAGCCCGGCAGCCCCACCACCCUGGAUGACCUCCUGGCAGAUACCCUGAUCAAUGGAGGAGACACCCAUUCCCAGACCUACACCAAAGCCCACAGCCCUGUGCCAAGCCGAGUGUCCUCUCCUCGCUCCCCCCGCUCUCCUCAUUCUCCACGUUCUAAUUCCCCUCACUCCCCCCGCUCCCCCCACAGCCCACUGUUAGGCCUAGUCAACGGCCAUCUGUCUCCCCCAUUUAACGGCCAGGGAGACGGCAGUGGCAGUGGAGCCUUCCCAGAGCUCAAAGACCCUGAGAGUGACCAGCCCCAGCCAGACAGGGGAGAUGGGGUGGAAACCACUGACCAAGCCCCAGCUCUGACCACCCCCUCCCCGCCGUCCUCUCCCCGUAAAGACCCCUCCUGCAGGCUGAGCCGUAUCCCCGUCCUGGAGCACUCCGUCCUGCUGGACCUUCUCCCCACCCCUGGCUCUGCCAUGGAGAAGCUGCUUCAGAAGAAAGCCCACCACCACCAGGGAGGAGGCCACCAUCCCACCGCCUCUCCCUCUAUCUCCCAUCACGGCCCUGUCGUGGCCUCGCUCCCCCGCGGGGAACAGCUGUCCUCUGCCUCAGACCGCUCUGAGAUGGCCGAUGAGUCGUUCCUGGGCUCACGCUCCGACUGCCAGGGGGAUGAUGCCCCCUCCCUCUCCUCCUCCUCCAGCCCCCUGUCCCGUAAGAGCAGGAUCCCGCGGCCCUUUAACCCUCCUAACCCAUCCCGAGAGAAGGAGAGAGCUGCUCAGUACCUACCACGCCCACCCCCGGGGAGACCACCCAGUCGACCUGCAGCGGAGGGCAGACUGAGGCAUUAUCGGAUCCGAGCGGGCAGCUCCAGUGACUCAGACCUCCUGACCUGCCUGUCCCAGCUGAUGCACCAUGGUCAGGGUGGUGGUUCUGCCCGCGGCUCCCCCCACCAUGGUCGUUCCUCAGCCCAGCAUGUAGGGUCCCGGAUGGGCGUGUGUAGCCUGACCAGCUCCCCCCACCACCAUCACCACCGGAGCUCCAGUGCCUCCCCACGCAGCUGUUCCUCUCUACAGCGCUCUGUCUCCUCCUCUCCCUCUCGCCACGAACACCGCGGGGGAGAGAGAGGCGGAGGGGUUUGUUUCGGUCGCUCCUGCUCUCCUCCCAACUUCUCUGGGUCCCCCCCUCCUCCCCGGCGCUCCUACCCUCACCACCAGGAGAUUUGCUGCGGCCGCCAGGCCCGCACCGGUACCCUCCACCACCACGCCCUCAAGUGGAAAGUCUGUAGCCACGAGGAGAGAGAGAGGAAGUGCUCCAGCAAGCUGAGCAGCAGAUAGUGGGUCACUGCUCUGGCCCUGGUCCUAGCCUGACCCAUAGAAACCUCUGGGCCCGUUUAUUCAAGGGUCUCAGAGUAGGACUGCUGAGCUAGGAUCGGUUCUGCCUUUUAGGUUAUAGUGAAUAAGAUUACAUAGACAAUCGUAUUCAUUAUGACCUAAAAGGUUAAACUGAUCUUAGAUCAGUAGUCCUAUUGUGAGAUGCUUUAUGAGUAUGGCCUGGGGGUCAGUGUCGUUGCCACAGCAGAGUGUGGGAUCAGGAUGUUGAUCCAGACCAAACAAUCAUGCUCUGGAUCACUGAAGACCUGAGGCUUCUGUCAGAGAAUAGUGACCUUAAUGUCCCCCCUCUCCUCCUCUGUCAGUUUCUCUCUCCCUCUCUCUCUCUCUCUCUCUCUCUCUC